AUGCUACAGCAGUCAGCCGUCCGCACCUUCCUGUCUGGUUGGGUCUCCCGUUUCGGUCCUCCCACGACUGUCAUCACCGACCGAGGAGUCCAGUUUCAGUCCCAACUCUGGCACAAUCUCCUGCAGUUCCUCGGCACUAGCAGGCAUCGCACUACCUCUUACCACCCUCAGUCCAACGGCAUGGUAGAACGGUUUCAUCGGCAGCAGAAGGACGGCAUCAAGGCACACGACCCCUAUACUGUCCGUCAUGAUCUACUAAAAAUACUACGACAGGCAGUUUCUGCAUUCAAGGCUACGGCCCCACGCCAGUGUUCCCAUCGCCCUGAACAGAUCCCUCCUGCACUACUCAAUGCCGAGCAUGUCUUCGUCAGGCGCGAUGCUCACCGUAACCCACUUCACCACCCCUAUGAUGGACCCUUCCCGGUGCUCGCACGGUCAGCGAAGUUCCUGAUGAUCAAUUGCAAUGGCAGACACGACACCGUCAGCAUCGAUCGAGUGAAGCCAACCACUUUACCCGAUGGUGCCCCAGCCCAACAUUCCCCCCAGCAAACCACGCCUGCGCCGCGUUCACCGGUCUGGUCACCAUUGCCGCCUGCAGCACCACCUUGUCCACAUCAUUUCCGAGCACGCUCUUUUCUCCCUAAGGUACUUACUGCUCCUGACCCUGCUCCUGAUGAGGAUCCUGGAUCCGGCGCCUCCGAGGACUUUGCACCUUCCGCGAGAGAAGCACCACAUUCCUCGUCUGUUCCUCCCGCCGUUCAACCUUCACAUAUCUACAACUCUCCUUCUCCCUGUGCUUCUCCCAUCGAUUUUGUGUCACUCGACGGAGUCGUCAACUCGUAG